AUGGUCCCAGGAAUGGGAGCUCGUGGAAGACACCCCCAGAGCGAAUGGCAGCGUCUAGCAAAGCUGGUAUCUACGCCGGCCAGCGGGAGAUUGUCUCGCAAACAAUCAACACGCAAUAGGCACGCUGCGCAAAACGUCGUCGUUUGGUUUCACAGCAUGGAUAAAAGAUGCACCGACCGCACAGAAGAUGACCUGGAAAUGAUCUACGCUAAGCUGCGAAGUAUGCCUCCGUUCUCACAACUGCACCCUGUACUCCUACAACAGCUUUCAUUUUACGGCUACUACGAGGAUAUCGACGCCGGUGUGACGCUUUUCAGAGAAGGCGACAAGGGAAAGAACUGGUAUGCUGUACUCAAAGGCUCACUGGACGUCCAGAUUGCGAAUCCCUCAGGCGCGUCGAAUGAUAACGUGACGCUCUGCACCUUGGGAGUGGGCCGGGCCUUCGGCGAGUCCAUUUCAGGGCUUUCGCUUCCACAUUCAGCGACUGUCGUCACAAAUGAAUGUUGUGAACUCCUACGGAUCGACCAGAGAGACUUCCAAUUGCUCUGGGAGAGAAAUCGACAUUUGAUGGAAGACAUGAUUUCCCCCCUUAGCACCUUAAGGGGGAUCACUCAUCAUCCCGUACACCCAUCUCUCGCUUCUCAACAAGCCACGCAACAGCAAUCACAAUCAUCCAUUCAUCAAGGCUCUCAUCAGACUCUCAAUAAAAUGACAAGUCUUGGAGCUCCUGAACACAUCGGUCCUCCCGAGCCGAUUCGUCGAGCUUCUACGAAUUCUGUCCGGCUCUCGGGUGAAGGCCAAUUUCAGUUACAAGACACCCAUCCUCAACUCAACAACAAGUUCUAUCCUUCCUCCAAGGUUAUCCCUCCCGUGCCGCAAGUCGCGGGUUUGCAACAAAAUCAACAGAGCAUGCAACAAUCUCAGCAGCUGCAUCUACACCAAGCACAGCAGCAACAACAACCGCAGCCUCAGCAGCAAUUCCAUCUGCAACAGCAGAACUCGGCUUCAGCGCUGGCGCGAGCUUCGUGGGUCCUCCGAACAGUACUUCUGUAUCAGGCACCGCAACUGGUUCGAGAUCGACGAGUUACGCCAGGAAGAGCUUUUAAAAGGUGUAUGGUCGGCACCGAGAUGGUCGACUGGAUGUUGCAGAUGGGCUGCGUUCAUGUGCGCUUAUCGUCCCGCGCGCAAGCAGCUGGCAUGUGGCAGGUACUCUUGGAGGAGGGAUGUCUAAAUCAUGUUACCGGAGAGCGUCAAUUCGAGGACAAAUAUUUGUUCUACCGCUUCCGAGACGACGAUGCGGAACACCCACGGCUCCCAACCGCGGAGGAGAGACCUAUCGCAGAAGCAGAACUGCAAGACUGGCUUGUGUACCUUAUGCAGUUGGCUCCCGAUGCCAAUUUGCGAAUGAUUCUGCGUAAACCUCCAUCGGAGAGACGCCAGGAUGACCUAGAUACUAUAUACGAGGAACUGACUCGAAUCAAAGCCCUGUCACACUUGUCGAAUUCAGUGAAGAGGGAGCUCUCCGGUGUCAUGGUGUUCGAGUCACACCCAAAACGUGAUACUGCUUUGUUCAAUCAAGGAGACGAAGGGAAGUCCUGGUACAUCAUUUUGAAGGGAUCAGUGAACGUCGUCAUCUACGGCAAGGGUGUCGUCUGUGAAUUGCAUGAAGGCGAUGACUUCGGCAAAUUGGCUUUAGUGAAUGAUGCCCCUCGGGCGGCGACCAUUAUAACUCGCGAAGAAAACUGUCAUUUCCUGCGUGUGGAUAAGCACGAUUUCAACAGAAUACUCAGGGACGUCGAGGCGAAUACGGUUCGGCUGAAAGAACACGGCCAGGAUGUCUUGGUGUUGCAGAAGAACGCGCAAGACGUCAGCAGUGGCGUCAACGGCUCCCAAAAUCAAGCCGUGGCCAACAUCCAACAAACUGCACCCAACGGUCAGCAAAUGGUUGCCAUAUCCAACAUUCCCUACAAUGCCUCCCAUUACAAGUACACGGUUAUGGCGGGUACGCCACAGAAAAUGCUGGAACAUCUCCUCGAAACUCGCAUCGGAGAAAGAAAUGAUGAAAUGCAAAUCUCCUCGAGUGGCACAGCGGCUGCAAGCGCGGCGGAUUCUUUCCUGGAAGACUUCCUGCUCACUCACGUGAUCUUCAUGCCGUCACAUGAUCUCUGUCCGGAACUCAUGCGUCACUACAGACUGGACGCCGUCAACCAACGACAGGAGCGUGAGUUCAUACUGGCCUCGAAGCGUCGCGUGGUGCAAUUCACCGCACAAUGGGCGGCGAUCGUGCGCGAGCCAUUCUAUCAGGAUCCAGUCAUCCAGUGCUUUUUGGAAGAGCUUCUAAGUGCUAUCGAAGAAGACCGACAGAAAUACCUCGGUGCCCUCCAGGAUCAGCUUUCGAUCGUGCAGAGACUUUUCGAGAUUGUUGACAAGUAUCGCUCGGAUCCUAGUAUGACGAGUGGUCAGAAAUGGAAGGUGGACACGAAUGGUCAGAUCCGCCAUCUUUCAUCUGGAAGCACCCAAACAGACGAGAAUUCGCAAGAGCACAUCAUAAGAGCCAUCAGAGAUACCGACGAAAUAAUUUUCCGCGUCUACUGUGCGGAUCACACGUACGUCACUUUGAAAACGGCCGUUAAAGCGACAGCGAACUCGAUUAAAAAGCUGGCAGCGGAAAAAAUAGCCUUGAAAGAUGAGGUUAUUCUCGUCGAAGUGAAAAGUAACGGAGAAAAGCUGCCUUUUAAUGAGUCUGAAGUCUCUGUGCCCACCGGCCUAAGUAUCAAUGGGAGAAUAUUCAUUUCUCCCAUUGACCACAUCGAUGCACUCACACCCCUGCAAGAACAAGACGGGCCUAAUGAAGGUACAGCGAAUAUCUUAGAGGCCUUGAGUUCCCAAGAUAUCGCGUACCACAUGACCGUCUACGAGUGGCAACUCUUCACCACAGUCCACGAGUAUGAAUUGAUUUAUCAAGUGUUCGGUCGUAACCAGUUUCGGCGAAUCAUGUCCAAUUUGGACGUCUUCCAGAGGAGAUUCAAUCAAGUUCAAUUCUGGGUGGUAACCGAGAUGUGUCUUGCCAACUCUUUGUCACGAAGGGUGACCUUACUUCGGAAAUUCAUCAAAAUCGCCCAGCAUUGCCGUGAGUACCAGAACCUGAAUGCACUAUUUGCCAUUGUAAUGGGGCUUGGAAACGCCGCCGUAUCAAGACUCGGCCAGACGUGGGAGCGACUGCCGUCUAAGCUGAGACGCAGUUUCGAAGAACUUGAGAACCUUAUCGAGCCUUCACGGAAUCACAAGCGAUACCGUAAUGCCGUAGCGAAGCUGCAGCCACCACUGAUCCCUUUCAUACCACUGUUACUGAAAGACAUGACGUUCUGCCACGUCGGAAACAAGAGCUAUAUUGACGGAUUGGUGAAUUUCGAGAAAAUGCACAUGAUUGGACAGACGCUUCGACAUCUCAGGCAUUCUCGAAGUCAGCGCCUUGCGAUGGAACCUCCACAGGGGAGUUCGAAAUCUCAUCACAAUGUCGCCGACUAUAUUCGAAACCUGAAAGUGAUCGAUAAUCAGCGAACCCUGACCAAGCUCUCUCACCAGUUAGAACCGCGAAGGUCGUGAGACGGCCGUUCGCACAAUGAACACUUGGCAGACCCAUGAGCGGCGCGCUCACAAACGUAGAGACUGUAUCAAUUGCAUUCCAUAUAGCAACGCGUCGUAGGACAUUUCUCUCGCACUCACACUUUCUCUCUGCACAUGUUGUCAAGUGCAAAAAAUCGGUCCAUGCAACGAGUUGAUUGAUGAAUCAGUCCGUGAUGGAUGGAUUCAUCGAUCGGCUCUUUCCUCACCUCAGAGAAGGAACUCAUUCUUGAUUCGUCGUCCUCCCCAUCCGACUCUCCCAAGCAUCGAUCUCGGAUGCGUUGGAGAACGUCUCAUCGACUCGGUCUCCGAAG